CAUGGUCAUAGUGACGGAUCACGGAUGGAUGGAGGGCCACCCGUCAUCUCCACUGGAUGCUGAUGUUGGUGGCGGAAUUUCGGGAAGCAAAUGUCGCGAUAAAACGCGUAGACAAGGAUAAUAAUAAUAACAAUAACAACAACAACAACAAUCGCACUAAAAACCCAGUCGGAGGAUUGGCAUCUGAUCUCAUCAUCUUUGGGAGCCGCUGUGGAUUACAGGCUCCGGGUAAGAGCUAUCGACGUGCCUUGAUCGCCAUGAGUUUAUCCAGGCGCCAGAUGAUGCCCAAUACUAGCAGCAAACAGUAAACAGUAAACAGUAAACACCAGUACUGGUCGUUACUCUCCUCGAGAAGGAAACCUUAAACGUGAAACCCGCGCGACCCAGCAGUAUGGCCAGGCCGCCAGGGCCGUGUU